AUGUCUAUCCCCUCCUUCUCUGGCGGUUCUUCAUCUAUGGGGGCCCCUGGGGGGCCCCCAGGGGGGCCCCCCGAGUCUCCUGGGGGCCCCUCAGGGGUACCCCCUUGGGGGCCCCCCCCUGGGGCCCCCACUAACAAUGGGGGCCCCCAGGGGGCCCCUAUCCCUAUGACUUCUUGUGUUGGAUCUGGGGGGGCCCCCCUGUUUAAGGGUUUGAAUGAUGAGGGUGGGGGGCCCCCCUGUUCUAUGGGUUUGAUAAAUAUGAAGGGGGCCCCUAAUAAAAAGGGUUUAGACUUAAGUUUAAUGUCAGGGGGCCCCCAGCCCUCUGUUUAUCAGCAUCAGUCUGUGAAGCAAAUGUGCGGAGGCACCUUAAAACAAGCAGCAAGAAGAGCAGCUCUAUUAUCUGUCCGAAAGACUAAAAGAGAAGCUAUAAAGACGAAUAACAGAGUGCGUCAAGCAUUACAAGGAGACGUCCCCCCUCAGCCGCAGCCCUUGAGGCCAUUGCUAGGGGGUCUGUAUCGGCUGCUGCAGCAGCAGCAGCAGCAUAUGCAGCAGCAGCAGCAGCAUAUGCAGCAGCAGCAACAUAUGCAGCAGGACUAUGAGCAGCAGCAAGUGCAGAGUCUGCUCCUGCUGCUGCAGCAGCAAGCGCAUGCUCUGCAGCAGUUGUUCGGGCUUAUGUAUACUUUUCCUAAUCUAUUAGAUGAGCUUGCAGAGACACCAGAAGAUAUUGCCCCUGCAGCAGCAGCAGCAGCAGCAACAGCAGCAGCAGCAGCAGAUGCUGCUGCGCCAUUUCAAGGGGACGCUCACACUGUCUUUUUGCUUGCGAUUGAACAAGCUACUCCCCUCUACCAGCGCUGCAUUGCAGCUGCACAGCAGCAGCAGCAGCAGCAGCAGCAGCAGCACGAGGCGUUGCUGCUGCAGCUGCUAGCGGAUGCAUGCGGCUGCCUCGGGGAGACAGCAGCUGCUGUCCCUGUAGAUGAAAAGACAGUGCAGCAAACCGUCCCCUUGCUGCUGCCUCUAAUAGAUCCCUCCCAAGUGCAGCAGCUGCAGCAGCAGCAACAGCAGUUGGUGCAGCUGCUGCAGACUCGUGCUGCUGCUGCACUUGCGAAUGUCGCAGCAACUUGGCCGUCAACAAGUGCUUCUCUAGGGGCUUCAGCCCCAGCGUUGCGUUUGCUGCAGCAGGCGCAGCAGCAGUUUGCUGCUGCCUAUACACCGCAAAGCAGCAGCACGGGCAACGACCAGCAGCAGCAAGAGCAGCAGCAACAGCAGCAGCAGCAGGCGGUGCAGCUGGUUGCAACUGCUGCUCGAUUGUGUGCAAACCUGCAGCGCCACAUCCCCGACUCUGGAGCAGCAGCAGCAACAGCAGCAACAGCAGCAACAGCAGCAGCAGCAGAAGCGGAGAUCCUCGCGCAGCAGGUGGCGACUCUAGAGGCCCUGCUGCAGGUAGAGCUGCAGCAGCAGCAAGCUUUGCUGCUGUACAGUGCAGCAGAUAAUCGCCGUGCUGCAGUGUGUGAAGUCUUGUGGUGCCUUAAUGCUGAACUGCGGUCGCUGCUGCUGCACACUCCACAGCAGCAGCAGCAGCAGCAGCAGCAGCAGGGGGAGCGGCAGCUUGGGGGUUGCCGCACUGCUGCUGCUGCUGCUGUUGCUGCUGCAUGCCCCUCUCUGGGACAGACACUGCUGCAGAUUGCUGAAAUGGCGCUGCAAGGCGCAGACAGAGCAAAGCAGCAGCAGCAACAGCAGCAGCAGCAACAGCAGCAGCAGCAGCAGCAGCAGCAAGAUGGUGAUGCCUUGUUGCGAGAGAGACUGCAGCUGACGGGGGCCGAUGGGAUCGUACCAGCUUUACAAAGCCUAGGUAAGCAGCAGCAGCAGCAGCAGCAGCAGCAGCAGCAACGACAACAGUAG